AUGUCUACUCCGAGUAAAAUAGUUAAAAAAGCCUCUGUGGCAGUCUUAAGUAACGCAGACAGUGAAACGAUCACAAAUAUAACUGCUAAAUUCGAGAAAUAUCCAAAGAUAAAAAACGAGCAAACUUCCAGUGCGGUCAAUUCCGCUGCAGAGCUCAAACGCGCUAUGCAGCAAGACGAGGGCUAUAGUGUUCUUGUAAAAAGAUGCCCCGUGUCAGCGUCAGUAUCGGAGAUAAUGAAUCUCUUUUUGCCGUUCGUACCUAUUGUUUCUGUUAAGGAGAAUUGGGGUGCCGGUUUUCUCAGAUCAGUGUUCGUAACUUUUAUGUCCCGGGAUUCGGUGCGCAACAUUAUUGCACAUGCUGAACCACUGAUACUGCAGGGAGAAGUCGUUAAACUUCAGGCGCCUUCUUAUGGUAUUGAUGUCCCUGUUGGAGUCUCAGCCGCAACCAAAGGCAAAGAUUUUUUACGUCUGGCUAAAUUUUUCCAUCUAGCGGCCGAAAAAGGAACUAAAUUCUCUCCCCGAGGCAGAAUCAGUGGUGGCAAACUUUUUCGAAAGGGCUUUAUGGGAGCAGUAGUACAAGAUUUUCUGGGGCUCCAUUACUUCUUUACAAGGCUAUUAAGUACAAGUGUAAUUUGGCUAUUAGUUUUUAAUGUUGACAAUAUUGACAAACAAUUUGUUGGUUACCUUUUGUUGGCCUGCCCCUCGGUAAUCUGUUUAUGUUCUCGUCGGACACCGGAUGGAAGAAACAGAUGGGAUGCACCACUCUUUACAAUCCAACCAGAAGAUGAGUUACCAUUUGAGAGUAUCGCUGCAGCUCUGUAUGAAAGAAAGGCCCCAACUCCAAAUCAGUCGACACAAUCACUUCCUCUUACAUCAACAAACUUCCUGUACGAGCUGGAUUGUGUGACACAAGAAAUAGUAAAUCGAGUAGUCGAGGCUCAAAAAACGUGUGUGGUCGGGGACGAAGUUUCUAUCCCAAACUCGAAUGAGAAGUUCCUUUUAAAACGACGCUAUCAACUGUCAGAACUUUCAAGGAUCAGACGGCAGUUUAUAAGUUUUGCCAAGACGCAUCCAGUUGAGAAAAUUUGGGAACAAUUUUAUCAUACCACCUCAUGCAAUCUCCAGAGUAAAUUUGUGGAUCAGUUACAAUCAUAUGUAAUAAAAUAGCUUUUUUUACCCAAU